UUUUCGUUUCUCGUAACACUAUAGUGAAGAAAAUACAUUUAAGCUUUAUAAACCUGGUUUAAUCAGUAGUUAUGAAAAAUGGAGCAGGAUUUAAAAAGUAAGAUUGAUGAAGCUUGCCGUACAGCUGAAGAAUUUACAAAGCUUUAUUAUGAAAGUAUAGACAAACGUAGAUACCUUAUAUCAAGGUUAUAUCUGGAUACGGGAACUUUAAUUUGGAAUGGAAAUGGUAUUGAUGGUAAAGAUAAUAUACAGAAAUUUUGGACAGAGUUGCCACCUUCAGAGCAUAAUGUGUUUACCUUAGAUGCUCAACCAAUAACAGGUCCUGAAGUGGCAAAUCAACUGACAUUCCUUGUGAAAGUUGGUGGACAUGUAAAGUAUGAUGAUGAAACAACAAAACCAUUCAACCAAAGUUUCCUAAUUACAGCAAUGGGGGAUAAGUGGAAAAUUGUAAGCGAUUGUUUUCGAGUACAAGAAAUAGCAGAUAAUAUGAGUUAGAACAUAAAAUAAGAAUGCACGAAAAUUUGUCAAAGAACUGUUUGAUUCAAUAUUCCUUUUUAUUUCUAUCGUCGGUCUUAUAUCAAUGUAUAAAGCGAUAUUAAAAUUUUCGUAUUAGUGAAUCAGUACGUUGGUCGAUCAUUUAGGAAUAACUUUACACGAGAAAGAACUAAAAAUAAAUAUAGAUAUAAAUACUUAGACAUAAAUGUUACUAUGAUACAUAUCGUAUAAAACAUCGAUUUCAUAUCCUUUGAUGGCUCAUCAACUUAAACAUCCACUGAUUAGUCAGAUUCUAAGAAAUUCUAGGUAUAAAGCUUUUUGAU